UCACUCUUUCUUGUUCAAUACCCAGAGAGUAUAGUUUAUCCUUCACGGCUGGUCUACUAAUUUGAAGCCUGCUCAUCUCUACGUUGUCUACCACGCCCGCCCGCCCGGCCUUUCCAUUGCUUUGCUUCCAUCAUUGCAAGCUGUGCCAGUCAUUCCGUCAUCGCGUUCUCUACCCGUUCAACUCACUCAGCUUGUUCUCUUUCAUCACUCCGAACCGACCGAUUACUUUCUGUCCUUUCAAUCCAAACACUCCGGAACCUUCGCUCAAUCAAAAGCUUAAUUCCACUUUAUACCCAAAUUCCUCCUAGCCCGGUACUGUCAAUCAACGCCCAGCUGGUUCGUUUUAAACUUUACCUUUUUGACUGUUAUUCCCCGGGCUUUCAUUCAUCGGCUAUUUCAUUAUUCUGGAUUCGGUUUCUUCUUGUCAGGCGUCGUCUUUGCUUUCGCGCUAGUCAUAUUAUCGUUCCUAACACCAGUCCGACUUUGGAUCUACCAAAACCGAGCUAUCUUUAGUCAAACAGCAACCAUUGUUCAUGUAAACAAACCGAUCGCACUGAUUAUUGGAACCCCUCAUUCACUUCAUCUUUCCUCACCGAACUGUCACUUCAGCAUUUGUGCGCAGAGCUGCAAUGGCAGCCAAGGUCAAGAACCUCAUGAGUGCGGCGCACACUGCAGGUAUCUUUGCCGAUAUUGCAGUGGACGGCCCAGAAAUCGGAACCCUGGUCGCUAUCGUGGAUCGAGCCAAAAAUCUGCCGAAUCGCAAGACAAUUGGAAAACAAGAUCCGUACUGCGCGGCCAGGUUGGGAAAGGAAGCCAGGAAGACAACGACCGAUGUCCGAGGUGGACAAACACCAAAGUGGGAUCAAGAACUGCGAUUUAAUGUUCAUGAUUGUCCAGAUUACUAUCAACUCAAGCUCUCUAUUUUCACCGACGAUAAACGAACAGACUUGAUUGGUGAAUCAUGGAUCGAUUUGAGGUCGAUUAUUGUACCUGGCGGUGGACAAAACGACUUUUGGCAAACAUUGACCUGCAAAGGCAAAUACGCUGGCGAAAUCAGAGUCGAAAUCACCUUCUACGACUCUCGACCAAAGCCUGAUAAGCCAGUAGCGAAACCAAAGCAGAUUACAGCAGCUGAACCAGACCAAGGAUCUGUUAAACAAAGAACUCCUGUGAAAAGACGCCCUUUGCCAUCGGAUCCUGUCACUGGUGAAGCACCAUCUGCGUCGCCCCCUGCGACGGCGCCUGCAUCAGCACCACUGCCAAUACCAGCAGCAGCACCCUCAGAGACACCAGCCGGUCCAAGAACACACACCAAACAGAUUUCGCACUCGGGCAAUUUUGUACCAUCUCAAUCACCUCUUCAAGUUGUCGAGUACAACACGCCGCCUUCACAGUCAUCCCGCCGUCAAACGGACCAGUAUUCUACAUCCCCGCAUGCGCACCUCCCACAGGAAUAUACAACCCCGACUCGUGGGGAGGCGUCUCGUCCGUCGCGAAGGUCAAUGAUCGCUUAUGAGGAACCUAGACAGUACGAUGACCGAGAGUACAGCCCCAGAUACGCUCCUCAACAGGAGCAAAUGGACCCUCGUGGCCAUUACAUCCCUCAGCAAGACUUCUAUGAGCAACCACAAGCCCUAUUAGAUGACCCCAGGCAGUACUCUCCAGUAGAGAAUGAGCGUCCCCCUCCACCGCCUGCACACCGGAUCAGAGGGAACAGCUCAGGGCAGGAGCUUGUGCCGAGAAGAAGCAUGGAGACGUCGCCAAAUAAGCUGCCGCAGAUGAGACAUGACGUUCUGAGACACGAGGCGCAGAGACAGCAGAUGGUGCCAUACCCUGGGCGCCCAGCUUUCCGGGGUUAUGAUUCAGCCCCCGCUACUAACCAAGUCUCUUCUCCAAACUCGAACGCCUAUGACGGCAUGCCGAGACAUAGCUCUUAUGACGCGAGUUACGAUCCUCACUAUCGAUCCAUGCAGCCCACAGUUGAGGACGUGCCUGAUGCUUCUGGCCCACCGCAAAAGUAUGCGCAGAAUGGCUCACAGUUCCAACGUUCAGACGAACUUUGUUUUGACGAGAACCCAAGUCCUGCGCCUCUGGUUUUGCGACGGUCCCCUGCCCCAGGUCAAUUCCGAGAAGAUUACUCGCCAACUCAAUCCCCUAGAGGGUACCAGAAUCCCGAUGAUUGGCAAGUUGCUUUGUCGUCGUCUCACCGUCGAAGCUACUCCAGAAGCCCUGUCGAUAAUGGGUAUUACUCUCACAAUGGCCAGGGCAAUUAUUCAGGCCAUCCAGCUGAUAUGAACGCUUCGCACAUGCAAAGUCCGCACAACCAUGGGCCCCCAGCUCCGCCACCGGCUCUUGUGCCAGGAUUGGAUGCGAGCCAAUCUUUAGAAUUGACAAACCUCAUUUAUGAGGAUCGUCGGCACGACCGAAGGCCACACUCACAGAGCAUGUCAAGCAUGCCUGUAGCUCCUCGAGGACGUCCUAGGAAUGAGUCCUUCCAAGGAUAUAACCAGCCACCACAUGACCAAGGGUAUGGCCAACCACCACCUGAGCAUGCGUAUGCUGUUCAGCCUUACAACCGACGGGCUAUUACUUACAAUCCACCUGAACAACAACUUGUGAAGCACCGGGGCGUCUCUCCUGACCCACGUACCAGCCCGAACCCACACCACAGAAUUAAGCGCAAGUCAGUCAGUCCUGCACCUCCUCUACUUGAAGACCAGAGAAGGAAGUCGGAUAUUCCCUUUGGACCUGAUUCAUAUGACGCCCUCAACCCCAGCCUUGUCUCGUCUAAAAGCGGAGCAAGCCCCUCGCCGGACUUUAUGGACGAUGAGCCAAAGAAGAUUAUUACAUACGACGGACGGGAGAUUGACCCCUCUGAUCAUCUCCCUAUGGAGACAUGGGCACCUGAACCAGAGACGAAAAAGCCGGCACCUGGCGCCGAAACACGUUCAAGACCUCAGCUAUCGGGAGUUAAGCCAAUGCCUCCCAGCAACCGACGGGCACCCCGCAGCGGGCGUCACUCCAUGUCUGCUGUGAAUACAUCCUAUUCGUUCGGCGACGAAGCUCGCACACCUCCUCAAGCUGGUCGUACCCGUCUCCAGAAGCGAGCGAACCGAAUAUCAGCAGACAACUCUCCAGCGGCUUCAAGUCCAUUGGCACCAAUUUCUAAGGACAAUUACCAAGAGAGAUCGCCGUAUGGUAACGCUUCGCUUCGCGGAAUGCCUCGUGCGGGCACAUGGGACUUUGAAGAUGAGAACCGUGGUGUGUAUGGCGGACCACCGAUCCCAGCCAAAAUUCCUAUGCCAACGAUGAGUGGGGCAAACGGCACUGGCCAAGAAUUGGCACUGGUGCAAGAGAUGCAGCGUAUCGAUAUUGGGACAGGCAGAUCCCGAAGAAGGGGAGGAUAUUAGUUAAACAAGGUAACGAGACCUAGAGGAAAUGUAUAUUAUCAUAGUCACGGAGGUAAUGAUUUUGGCGUUGAGUAAAGCAGGAUUCGGAGGGUUAAGCAAGGCAAUGUUGGAGUUUUCUUUUAGAUGUCCAACUGAAAGAAUUGGACAAAAUAAAUAAAUAUAUAUAUAAACAACCUAGAUGCUUUGUUUUGCUUAUGAGUGUAGAAUAUGUAUUUUCAUUGAUGC